UCUCCCUCCAUCAUCCUGUCCCAUCCUGCCUUGGCCUAACCUCUCUCACCUUUGCCCUGCCUUGCCAUACCCAUACAGCUAAGCGGAAGACGACAUCACAGCGAAUCCCGAGCACCGCAUUCCAUCCCUCCUCCGGCCACCUCAAACGCCUGUCUGCCUGUCCACUUACCUCUGGAUACCGUGCUGGAAUUUUCUGGCACGCGAGAACCCGACCGAUCAACCCAAACCCGACGUUUCGCCAUCUUUUUGUUCUCUCCUCAAGAUGCUGUUUUUUAGUUUCUUCAAAACGCUCAUCGACCACGAGGUGACGGUCGAGCUUAAGAAUGACAUUCAGAUUCGUGGCACGCUCAAGAGCGUCGACCAGUACCUCAACAUCAAGCUUGACGACAUCCAAGUCGUUGAGGAGGUCAAGUAUCCGCAUCUUAGCUCUGUUAAAAAUGUAUUCAUCCGCGGGUCCGUAGUCAGAUACGUCCAUCUGCCUGCCAACGCUGUGGACGUCCCGCUGUUGGAGGAUGCUACAAGGAGAGAAGCCGCACAGCAAGCUGGCAAGGGCAAAUGAGCGGGCAUGCGAUCAAUGCCGGCGGCGCCCCAGCGAGGAGGGCAAGGCACCCGCGGCAGCGGAGGGGUAUGUGCGCUUCUACGAAUAGCCGCGGUACGGUGUCGUGCGCGUGUGCGCGCGUGCGCACGAUGUAUGUGUAUAAUAUGAAUACGGACAAGCCGCUCCGGCAGAGUGAUCCGCCACUAGAUAACACAAUCGAGCGAGCAGCGGAAAGGGGGCGGGCGAUGAGCAUCUUGCGCACGCACAUCUGUACGGCUAGCUGCGCACUAGAAACGGAGGGGCGCUGGGACCUGGCAAAUUGCCACGCGUUCUAUCUACGUAGGAGCGCGCCGGGGCGGAAGAGCUCGGUGAAUGGAUAUACCUCGGCAGUAGAGAGAGAGAGAGAGAAAGAGAGAGAGAGAAACGCGGAGGAGUAAACGGUGAAUAGGAAGAAGAAAGGAGAGUCUGGCUGACGAU